AUGCUCCUCAUUAUUUGCUUCUUUGGCAUUAGCUUAGUUCAGGCCAGUAUUAGUGAUGUACUGCUCAAUCAAAGGAGGCAUGAGCAUUUUAUGACCGACAGCAAGUGCUUGGUCGAAAUCUGCAAGAAAUCUCUGUUUACACCUCAAGUGGUGGUGGUGGAUAGUGGCGCACGAACCAAUGACAUCAUUUCAUCGAUGCAGGGAAGCCAGAUUCCGUAUAUAACAAUGAAAAUUAAUGCAUUGUAUAUUGCUAAAGAGGCUAUCAAAGAUCAUAUUUUGGCUGUAAUACAAAUCGAUGACUGCACUGACGCUACUAGCUUCAAAAGUGAUAUAAUCAUUGAACACUGGCUUCAUGUUAUCAUUCUGACUGAUUUUGUUAAAGAAUGUGAAGUGAAUCUUCAAAAGUUCGGUGAGUUUGUAGACCGGUACGAUGUAACUUUCAUCAUAGAGAGAGCAGCAGACGAAGAUUACAACAAAAUCGUGACCUUCUUUCCUGAAAUCGAUGAAAAAACGUGCAAUUUAUCGAAAACCAUAACGCCGAAUCAUAUUAACACCUGCGUGAGCGGGAAAUUGAAAAACAACGAACUGUUUCCGCUAAAGCGUAUAAAAAACUACAAGAAGUGUCCGUUUCACGUGGGAAUUUCCCCGAUGUAUCCCUUCGUCUUUGUUCCUCAAAAAGAUCGACAGAGGGACAUGACGCCAAUAGCUGGAGCCCAUGGCUCAGAUGUGGAAAUCACAAAAAUAGUUGCCCAAUACCUAAACACUACCAUUAAAAUGUACUACAUUUUCAAAGAUGUGAAGAAUCCAUUUAUAGACUUUCAGUUCCUAUUGUUCAUUGCUAACGGAAGCUUAGACGCAUGCGUCGGGGGGUACUACAGGAUCUAUGGAAGUAUUGUUGAGUACUCCGGAAUUUAUAACCGACAAGCAGUUAUCUGGAUCUAUGCAGUCGAGAGACCCGCGAGAACUUGGCAAAACCUUAUUCGUAAGAUAAAUGGUAUUUACUUGUUCGUCGUCUUCUACACGUGUUACUCAGUUGUUUGGUUUAUUAUCUCGUAUUUUGAUGGAGACAAAAGCAACCUCGCUAACACUUUCUUCUUCAGUCUGGGCAGCUUGCUGGGAUGUGCGAGCUUGCAGGAAGCCAGGUCAGAUAAGCAGAAAAUCCUCAACUUUUGCUACUUAAUCAUGUGUUUGCACCUGGCUGCCUACGUAAACAUACAGUUGUAUUCAUUCCUAACCAUACAAUCACCACCAGAGACGUUCCACACCAUCUAUGACAUCAUGAACUCUGACAGACGCGCGUAUCUCAACAACCGGACAAAGUAUUUCCUUGACGACACUAAAUACAUCGACUACGCAAAGAAAUCAGCCGAAUGCAGCACUUUCGAGACAUGCCAAGAAACUAUUUUAACUAACAACGGAGUGACCUUAACAUUGGAUGGGUAUUUCUUUGCAUUCCAAGUGAAAACAGCAGUGAACUACGAAGCUAGAGUGCUGAAAACUUCUGACAACAUGAUGACUGUGUAUCAUGAGAUGAUUUUGAGAAAGUCUAGCCUUAAGAAUGCAGUGUUUGUAGACGUGGUGUCCAGGUUGUAUGAAGCUGGUAUAUGUGACCAGCUGUUCAAGGUAGCUGUAGGUCUAACAGUAGAAGACAAGUCUAGCAGUGUCACUAAUAAUGCUCUGAGGAACGGCUAUAGCUGUGAAGAAGGAUGUCCUAUAACCUUGUCACAAGUGGUGGGAGUAUUUUACUUGUGGGCUAUUGGAAUCGCUCUUUCUUGUUUCGUUCUCAUUAUUGAAUUGUACUCUGUAGAAAAAACUGAGAUGAAAGUGGAAACAUUCACAUUUCUUCAUUAG